CGCGUUGAACAUGAGCAACGCCAUCCGCUGUGUCACCAAAUGCACAGCCAACACGCCCAUCACCCUCGACUGCUACCACGGCCAGUGCCAUGUCACCCGCGCCGGGCCACAGUGCUUCUGCUGGGAUGAAUCGCUCUACUGGUACACGGGCACCCAGUGCUCCGGGCGCAUCAGCAAGGUGGCCACCGGGCUGGGGUUGGUGGCCACAGUGCUGCUCAUCUCCUGCAUUGUCUUUGUUGUGCUGCUGGUGAAGAGGAGGAAGGAGUGGAGAAGGAACGCUUCGUCCUCCAUUGGGGACAGCUGGUACGAGAACGAUGGCGGCAUCUGGACCUCACCCGACGGCUUCCUCUUCACCAACAAUGGCGCCAGCGCAGGCGGCAGUCUACGGAGCUUCACGCCCUCACUGGACCUUGUGAACACUGACAUGCCGAUGCAUAUCGCCAGACCCUCGCUGAGACCCCCGCCAUGAGGACCCUCCACAGCCAGGACGGCGUGCAGAGACACCCCCCCCCAGCUCUGCCCCCCAUGGGCUGGGCCCCUGGCACGCGGGCCGUGCCCAG